GGUCCAAACAGUUUUUCCGCGGCCGUUCUCAAGAUAAGUUCUCUGUGCUAAGUUUUCUGUGAACAAUAUCUUAUCGUCCUCCCCCCCAACGGACAUUUUUCGAAAAUCCUUCGUUUGCCCAAUCAGUUUUGGUGACUCUGUGGCGGAAAAUUGUGAGAUUAACUGUGACCGUGACAUUGUUAAAGACAUUCAAGAAUUCACUCUUUCAACGAUUACAAAUCGUCUGUGCUGGGUGGAUUGAGGCAAAUUACAUAAAUGGAGCACUAAUGAAAGUAUCCAUUAGAGAUAAUGAAGGAAAUUUAUGCAGCAGGAUAUUUGAAUGAUGACAAUGAAUAUGAAAUAAGAUGAAGAGGAGGAUACUAGAAGGGGUCCUAAUGAAUAGAAGGAGCAUCAGAUAAUCCAUUUUGUCCAUACUUCUGGUUGAAUUUCUAAAAAAAAAAAAAGAAAAACGAGGAGCCGUGAAAUAUGGGAUCAGUGGGACUAUUACACGAGUUAUUUGGCAUUAAUAAGUCCGUGCCAAAUUAUGUUUCAGACAAGAAAAUUGGUGAUAUCUAUGCCACGAGCUAUCCAUAUCUAAUUCCAGCAAAUGAGGAUUUCAUUGGCCAAUACAGCGUCAAUAGGACAUUUUUUGUGGUGGAUGACCAUCAAAACUCCUACAAUGAGACUGAGGAUUGUUCCAGUGGCUACAAUUCACACGACACAAUUCUAUCUAGUUCUUAUUUCCAAACUAUGGUGUACUUUCUAUAUAUCAGCAUCCUCUUAACGGCCCUUAUAGGGAAUGGCAUUGUGUGCUUCAUUGUUCAGUCAUCGCCAAGAAUGAAAACUGUAACAAAUUACUUUUUAUUCAAUUUGGCAUUAGGUGAUAUCCUGAUGUCGGUAUUUUGUGUGCCAUUCUCCUUCGUACCAACAAUUCUCCUGCAAUUUUGGCCAUUCGGCACUGUGCUCUGUCAUUUAGUUAAUUACUCACAAGCCAUUUCCGUUUUAGUCAGCGCAUACACACUCGUUGCGAUCAGUGUGGAUCGAUAUAUUGUCAUUAUGUGGCCACUGAGACCAAGAAUCACGAAGAGAUAUGCAAAAUGCAUAAUAGCUGUGGUAUGGGUAAUAGCCCUCGUUACCGCCUUCCCAAUUAUCAUCGUCUCCAAGUUGUAUCAACCGGAAGGAUGGCAUCAAAAGUGUGACAAAUACAUUUGUCAUGAAGACUGGAGUGAGGACAGUCAAUACUUCUACUACACCCUAGCACUAAUGACAUUGCAAUUUGUAAUUCCAAUUGUAGUACUUUGCUUCACAUACAUUCGUAUCGCAAUCGCUGUCUGGGGUAAGAGACCACCUGGGGAAGCUGAGAAUUCCAGGGAUCAAAAAAUGGCACGAUCUAAACGAAAGAUGAUAAAAAUGAUGGUGACCGUCGUUAUUGUGUUCACAGUUUGUUGGCUUCCCUUUAAUAUUUUAGGGCUGCUUCUGUACGAUGUCGAACUUCAAUCGUGGAAACUGCUCCCCUACUUCUGGUUUGGAUGCCACUGGCUAGCAAUGGCCCACAGUUGCUGCAACCCAAUUAUUUAUUGCUACAUGAAUGAACGGUUCCGACUGGGUUUCAUGAAGGUCCUCCAUGACAUUCCCAUCGUGAGGCGUUGCUGGUGUGUCCGGCAAUGCGCCAGAGGACGAGGAGGAAGCAUUGGAGCUGGUGGCCUAGCCCUCACUGGUGAGAUGAUCGACAAUUUAAAUGGAACAGGUGGUGGUCUCACGAGGAAGACCCGAAUUCGCAUUAGGAAUCGACGAAACGUCUCAGCUACAUCGUGUCAACACAUGCACAACAUACAUCAGUUCACGGAGGAAGGCUGUCGGCAAGACUCCAAUAUUGCCGACACCCUGUUCAUGUGCGGAGACAACACUUCUUCGGUGAUCCGAGAGAGAACCUGAUAAUAGCCGAGACACAGCGUGAUGCGUCUCAGCUGCUGUAGAGUUUAGAAUUUCGAGACAAAAUUUUAUGAAAAGAAAAAGAAGUGAAAGAAAAUCCGCUCGAAAUCUGACAUAUCGACAUGUUUAAUAUAUAUUAUACAGAAAAAAAUGUUUAAUGUUAAUUGGAUAUGACCGUUGUGCUGUGUGGUUAUUAUUCCGACAAAACUUCCCUUAGAACUUUUUACAUACCAUUUGAUGAUCCAAUAAAAUCCCUUAGCUUAUACUUUGAACAUAGAAAAAGGAUAUAAAACUCAAAAGGUAAAACCGUUGAUAGUAGGGCUUUUAUAAUUUGUAGAUGUCCAAUAAAAAGCAAUUUAAGAA